AUGGAUGCAAAGGAAAAUGAUAAGGCUAGUGCGAUACGUUCUAAACAUUCGGUCACGGAGCAGCGGAGAAGAAGCAAAAUCAAUGAAAGAACUCUUGUCAGAUUUCAGAUAUUGAGAGAGCUAAUUCCCAACAGUGAACAGAAGAGAGAUACCGCUUCUUUUCUUUUAGAGGUGCAAAAGUAUGAAGGAUCAUAUCCAGGAUGGAGUCAAGAACCAACUAAGUUGACACCAUGGAGGAAUAAUCACUGGCGAGUUCAGAGUUUAACGAACCAUCCAGUAGCUGUAAAUAAUGUAUCUGGUCCAGUGAUACCAUUUCCUGGAAAGUUUGAAGAAAACACAGUGGUCCCCGCACCUGCAAUCGUUGCGGAGAUGCAAAACCCGGAUGAAUCUGACAAAGGAAGAGCUGUGAUUUGCAAACCAAUAGACAUUCAACCUGAGUUAGACGACAAGGGAUUGCCUCCUGUACAACCAAUCCUUCCAUUGGUACACGGUGUAGAAGCAAAUAAUGAAUGUCCUGCAACAAGUGAUGCGCUGUGUCAUAGUAAUGACAUGGUCAUUGAAGGUGGAACCAUUAGCAUCUCUACUGUCUACUCUCAUGAGUUACUGAGCUCGCUAGCACAAGCACUCCAGAACGCAGGCAUUGAUCUGUCGCAUGCUAAACUCUCUGUGCAGAUCGAUCUUGGGAAGCGAGCCAGUCAAGGACUAACUCAUGACGAUCCAUCCAAUAAGAAUCCACUAUCAUCUGAUAUUGAAGGCGCUACACAAGCAAGGGAUCCAGGCGUUGAGGAAGAAUCUGAACAUUCUCAUAAGCGGAUUAAAACACUGUGA